GCCGAGCCCCGCCGCUGGGAGCUGGUCCCCGCCGGGCUCUGCAUUCUCGGCGCCUCCUACCGGGCCAGUGGGUUCGGGGAGUGACCGGAGGGAGCAGGCGCUGCGGCUGGAGCCCCUCCGCGCCGAGUCCCCCGCAGCCCCCCAAGGCGGGGUCCGCGUCGCAGGCGGGGACAGAGGCCGCGUCGGGCAGGGUCGGGGUCCAGGCGUCGCCCGCCGCCCCCCGCCCGAUCCGGUCUGGAGGGCGCCGGGGUGUGUUUCUCUGAGUAGUUGGUGUAGACGCGGGGGGUGGGGUGCGGAGGGCACUUUUGUGGACAAAUUAGGUGGAAUCCUGGGAAGUAUUUUCUCACAGUGGCCUCGUCUUCCUUCUUUGUCGCUCAGCCUGUGAGAACAGGACGUGAGAAAGUCACCCCAACGCGGGCUUAGUGGCCAGCGAGCCAUAGAGUCCCUAGAGACUUGCCAAAGAUCACUGACACUAGUCUGUAUUGUUCUGAACCUCAGUCUACUCAUAGUUUAAAAAGUUACAGCAUAGGCUUCGUAGGGUUGCUAGAAAGAUUAAACAAAGUAGCGUUUACAGCUGUAGCGUGCCUGCAAGGGAGGAGCUUAAGAAAGGGUUCUUUCCCUGACUCCAUAGGUGUUUGCUAAAGUCACUAAGGUGGGAAAUCCUAGGCCUGUAAAUGCCGUGCGGACCACUGCUAGGCCUCCACUCCCAAGCUGAAUCCACCUGUGCAUAAGACACUGACAUGGAAGGACUUUAUCCACUGUGUCUCCCAAGGACACAUACCAUUGUGGUAUUGCUGGAGUUGGCAUGGCAGCAGCGUGACGCUGCCCUAGGUCAGUGUGUGAGCUGUUUCACUGCCAUUUCCCUGAGAGCAGAGUGAGGCAGGGUGCUGGCAGCCUGAGACAAGAUGAAGACGGUGCUCAUGGUGGCUGAGAAGCCGUCCUUGGCCCAGUCCAUCGCCAGAAUCCUCUCUCGAGGGAGCAUGUCCUCACGCAAAGGGCUGAACGGGACAUGCUCAGUGCACGAGUACACCGGGACCUUCACUGGCCAGCUGGUCCGCUUCAAGAUGACGUCCGUCUGUGGUCAUGUGAUGACCCUGGACUUCCUGGGAAAGUACAACAAGUGGGACAAGGUGGACCCCGCCGAGCUGUUCAGCCAGGCCCCAACGGAGAAGAAGGAGGCCAACCCCAAGCUGAACAUGGUGAAGUUCCUGCAGGUGGAGGGCAAAGGCUGUGACUACAUCGUACUGUGGCUGGACUGCGACAAGGAGGGAGAGAACAUCUGCUUCGAGGUCCUGGAUGCGGUGCUGCCUGUCAUGAAUCAGGCCCACAGUGGCGAGAAGACAGUGUUCCGGGCCCGGUUCAGCUCCAUCACAGACACAGACAUCUGCACUGCCAUGGUCCGCCUGGGUGAGCCCGACCACAACGAGGCACUCUCAGUGGAUGCGCGGCAGGAGCUGGACCUGCGCAUCGGCUGCGCCUUCACCAGGUUUCAGACUAAAUACUUCCAGGGGAAAUACGGCAACCUAGACAGCUCGCUCAUCUCCUUCGGGCCAUGCCAGACCCCCACGCUGGGCUUCUGCGUGGAGAGACAUGAUAAAAUCCAGUCCUUCAAACCGGAGACCUACUGGGUGCUGCAGGCCAAGGUGGAUGCCGAUAAGGACCGAUCCCUCCUUUUGGACUGGGACCGAGUGCGUGUGUUCGACCGGGAGAUCGCACAGAUGUUCCUGAACAUGACCAAGCUGGAGAAGGAGGCCCAGGUGGAGGCCAUGAGCAGGAAGGAGAAGGCCAAGCAGAGGCCACUGGCCCUGAACACCGUGGAGAUGCUGCGUGUGGCCAGCUCUUCCCUGGGGAUGGGCCCACAGCACGCCAUGCAGACCGCAGAGCGCCUCUACACGCAGGGCUACAUCAGCUACCCGCGCACCGAGACCACCCACUACCCCGAGAGCUUCGACCUGAAGGGGCCUCUGCGGCAACAGGCCAACCACCCCUACUGGGCUGACACGGUGAAGCGGCUGUUAGCGGAAGGUAUCAACCGCCCACGGAAAGGCCACGACGCUGGCGACCAUCCCCCCAUUACCCCCAUGAAGUCUGCCACGGAGGCUGAAUUAGGCGGCGAGGCCUGGCGGCUGUACGAGUACAUCACCAGGCACUUCAUCGCCACAGUCAGCCAUGACUGCAAGUACCUGCAGAGCACCAUCUCCUUCCGGAUCGGGCCUGAGCGCUUCACUUGCACAGGCAAGACCGUCAUCUCCCCAGGUUUCACAGAGAUCAUGCCUUGGCAGAGUGUGCCCCUGGAGGAGAGCCUGCCCACCUGCCAGAGGGGCGACACCUUCGCCGUGGCUGAGGUCAAGAUGCUGGAGAAGCAGACGAGCCCCCCUGACUACCUGACGGAGGCUGAGCUCAUCACGCUCAUGGAGAAGCACGGCAUCGGGACGGAUGCCAGCAUCCCCGUACACAUCAACAACAUCUGCCAGCGUAACUACGUGGUCGUGGAGAGUGGGCGCCGACUCAAGCCCACCAACCUUGGUAUUGUACUGGUGCACGGCUAUUACAAGAUUGAUGCGGAGCUAGUGCUCCCCACCAUUCGCAGUGCAGUAGAGAAGCAGCUGAACCUGAUCGCCCAGGGUAAAGCCGACUACCGCCAGGUCCUGGGCCACACCCUGGACGUCUUCAAGAGGAAGUUCCACUACUUCGUGGACUCCAUUGCGGGCAUGGAUGAGCUGAUGGAGGUGUCCUUCUCGCCCCUGGCGGCCACCGGCAAGCCCCUUUCCCGCUGUGGGAAGUGCCACCGGUUCAUGAAGUACAUCCAGGCCAAGCCAAGCCGCCUGCACUGCUCCCACUGCGAUGAGACCUACACCCUCCCCCAGAAUGGCACCAUCAAGCUCUACAAGGAGCUCCGGUGCCCGCUGGACGACUUCGAGCUGGUUCUGUGGUCAUCAGGCUCGCGGGGCAAGAGCUACCCGCUGUGCCCAUAUUGCUCCAACCACCCACCCUUCCGAGACAUGAAGAAAGGCACAGGCUGCAACGAGUGCACACACCCCACCUGCCAGCACUCGCUGAGCAUGCUGGGCAUUGGCCAGUGCGUGGAGUGCGAGAGCGGUGUGCUGGUGCUCGACCCCACCUCAGGCCCCAAGUGGCGGGUGGCCUGCAACAGGUGCAAUGUAGUGGCGCACUGCUUCGAGAAUGCCCACCGCGUGCGUGUGUCUGCCGACACCUGCGGCACCUGCGAGGCCGCACUGCUGGACGUCGACUUCAACAAGGCCAGGUCCCCACUGCCGGGUGACGGCACGCAGCACACGGGCUGCGUCUUCUGCGACCCUGUCUUCCAGGAGCUGGUGGAGCUGAAGCACGCAGCCUCCUGCCACCCCAUGCACCGCGGGCCUGGGAGGAGGCAGGGCCGGGGCCGGGGCCGGGGCCGGAGGCCAGCGGGGAAGCCAGGCACCAGGAGACCCAAGGACAAGAUGUCGGCCCUGGCCGCCUACUUCGUGUGACGGCCCUGCCCAGGCUCUGCAUGGCGUCCUCUGGGUUACAGAAAUGAUUAAACACAUUGUCUUCUCCAGAA